AUGAGUUAUCAGCCCGAGUCUCCGCUGCUUCGCCUCCCAGUCGAGGUCCGACUGGAGAUCUACCAGCACUUAUGGACCAUUCCUUGGGAGAAGAAACACUUAGUCCGUCGUUGUGCUUAUAAGCUAAAGGCCACAUACCUAAAGGCCCAGCUAUCGGCGAUCUGCACUCUGGGCGCCAUAUGCCGCACCAUCCACUAUGAGGCGUACGCCGAAUACUUCCAUACUACCCAGACCUAUCUGUCGGGAUAUGUUAACCCUGACCUCGAAAUCUACCUCGGAGACAACGACAGGAAAGCUCUGGAGUUGAUCCAGAACUCCUACCUCCUCAAGACCCAGACCAGACACGUCUGUCUCCGCUGGGUACACGUCGACCACCUCAAGGAUACUUUGGAGGAGCAGCUUGAGGAGGAACUCGAAGUCUGGGAAAUUGACAAUCUGGAACGGACCAAUACCAACCUCAACAUCGUCAUGAACUGCCUCAAGACCCGCUUCCAGAACGCAAUCACGCUGGACAUUGUCUGCGACGAGAUUUGCUUCAAUGGUAUUACCACGAACUACUACGACGACCGUGACUCGGAGCGGAUCAGGAGCUUGCGGUUCCGCAAUCUGGAGAAAGCCGUUGUGCGAACCUGUCUGACCGACCCCGACGGCGUCAAAUGGUUCAAUGAGGAGAACUUGGCGUGGUUUCAGAGGCUCAAGGAGGAUGUGGCGACGUUGGGUGCUCCAAGGAAGGAGGGACAAGAGGAGCGCUCAUACCGCUUCACAAACCACAUCGGUGGUCUCGAUCUUAAUUGGCCUCGGUUCGACAGAAUCUGA